AGUUUGUUUGUUUAAAACUUUUUGUUUUUAUUAGAAUUUUUCUUCGCAAUUAUUUUUUUAUCAACGAUAGAAUUAUUUUUUAUCUUUAGUAAAAUUAUAUUGCCACCUCUGAUUAUGAGAUAUACGCGCGGAAUACGACUAUGAGAAACAUAACCAUAAAAACUGCAUAAUAUAGUGUUUGUUUACCCCAUACUGCUCGUUUAAACAAACUGGUGUCCACGAUGAGAAAUACUAGUGACAUAAAAGAGAUACGUUCUUAUUUAAAACGGAACUUAUUAAUGAACGAUAGAUUCGUUGGACACGACAAAGAAAAACAACAAAUUUUCGACUUGUUGCUAAGAACAAUUUCAUAUGGAGAAUCGAAUUCUGCACUGCUGAUCGGCCCUAAGGGUUCCGGGAAAACUACUCUGCUCAAAGAGGUGUUAAAUCAGCUACAGAAUACUAAAUGUAUGGAAAGUGAUGCUAUUCUUGUAAAAUUGCAUGGAUUGAUUCACACAGAUGAUCGUUUGGCUCUGAAAAGUGUAACGUCUCAAAUGCACUUGGAUAAUGCUGUAGAUGGUAAAGUGUUUGGGAGUUUUGCAGAAAAUUUGGCAUUCCUGUUAGCCUGUUUGAGAACCGGAGAGAGACACACAUCAAAAAGUAUAAUAUUUAUUUUAGAAGAGUUUGAUCUCUUUUGCAACCAUCAUAAUCAAACACUUCUGUACAAUUUGUUUGAUGUGUCACAGUCAGCUCAAGCUCCAAUUUGUGUAUUGGGGGUAACUUGCCGUUUAGAUGUUAUAGAACUUUUGGAAAAACGUGUGAAGUCGAGAUUCUCACAUAGACAGUUCUUUUUGUUUCCAGGAGAAGAAGAUGAAACACAAUUAAAUCUGAAUUAUACAUUAAACAGUAUAGAACAAUUAUUGCAGUUGCCAAACACCGGGAUUCAAAUUAAUACAAACAUCAGGAAACAGUGGAAUUCUAAUUUAAAAAAUAUUUUGAAUGAUAAGAAAUUUAAAAACAUAAUCCAGAGGAUAAUUGAUAUUGAUUUAUGUGAAAAGAGUAUUAAAAAUAUCCUGAUAAAAGUUGUAUCAAGGCUGAAUGAAAAUAAUGACCAAUUGACUAUUGAGCAGUUCCAAGAGCAACUAAACUCUUUGGAAAAAGAUGAUACCAUUCAAACACUUCAAGACUUAAAUGUUUUGGAACUGUGUCUCAUUAUAGCUAUGAAACAUCAUAUUGAGAUUUAUGACAAUCAACCAAAUUUUGAAAUGAUUCUCACCAGAUACACGAAAUUUUCUAAUGCUAACGCAAAUAUCCAAACAGUUCAAAGAGCUGUAAUAAUGAAAGCAUUUGAGCAUAUUGAGAAUCUCGAAUUGAUCUCUAAAAUUAGUGGAAACAGGCUUCAAAAGGAAUAUCAGCCUUUUAAACUUUUGGUAACUCCCCAGCAAAUUUCGGAAGCAAUCAAUAAAUGUCAUGGACUACCAACAGAAGUCUUGCAAUGGGCAAAUAGCUCAUUGGCAUGUGUUUAAUUUUUUAAUAUAUAUUUAUUUUUAAU